AUGGAGAACUACCAGAUUGGUGGCAUAGGCAUCGAAGUCGAGAUUGACGAGUCUAAGUUCGGUAAGAGGAAGUACCACCGAGGUCACCGCGUGGACGGUGUGUGGGUUUUUGGUGGGGUCGAAAGAACACCAGAACGGAAGUGCUUCCUUGUUGCCGUUCCUGACCGAAAGAAGCCCACUUUGGAGGCCCUUAUUACCGACUUUAUCCUGCCCGGAUCCAUCAUCGUCAGCGAUAAGUUCCCCAGUUAUGAGGAUCUCGAGGGCAAGGAGGACUUCUGGUAUCAGCAUGAAGUCGUGAACCACUCCGAAAAUUACAAAGACCCAUUGACCGGUGCGUGCACCAACACAAUUGAAGGCACCUGGAACGGUGUCAAGAAGCUUGUCCCUGCAAGAAAGAGAACUGAAGAGGGCGUUAAGCCCUGCUUGUUUGAAUUCAUGUGGCGACGCAUGAACCAAGGUCGAUUGUGGAGGGCUCUAUUAGAGGCACUUGCCCAGGUUCGAAAAUCCGAAAUGCAGACUUCUUCCAUCACCAUUCCCUCUGAUUACGUCUUUGGAGAGGUCAGAUCACUGCAAGAAGAGCACAACUCGUCCAUGUGUUCCAUUUGCCAUGAUUCCACCGUGAUUGACGAAAAGAUUCCUUUUUAUCGCAGUAGUGAGGAGGAUGGCAUUCCCUCGAAUCUGACAUGUGGCGAGUGGGAGCAAUUGGCCCAAUCAUCUCUACUACUAACGGAUGACAACUGUGACUCUUGGAUUCGCAACUUUUACUCGCAGUGCUGCGAAGGAUCAGUCCCCGUCUACCAGUGCGAGUCCAACAUCCGACAACAAAUACUGGAGAACUACGAUCCCGCGGUGCCUCCCAUUGUCACCCCUCGAUCACCCAUUCAUGUCACCGUGACACUGUCACCCAAUGCCGUGGAAAAAAUUGACGUCCAGACGGGAACGGCUCGCAUCAUGAUCAGUCUCUUGAUGGAAUGGAAAGACGAACGUCUACAAUGGGAACCGACCGAGGACACAUGUGCCGGUGCGGUUUCCUUGUGGGCCGGAUGGGAAAAAGAAAAAACUGAAGUGUGGGUUCCCGAUAUUGACAUGUACAAUCAAGUGGAGGGACUCCAGACGAUGCCCGAUACAUUGGCACUGGUGGACAGCAGUGGGAUGGUGUCGUGGAGACGGAAUGGUGGCUUGGAAGCUGGUCCAUUCGAAGGAACGUUCAAUGAGUAUUUGCCAAUACCAGAGCUCUCCGAAAGUGGCACGGCCUUUGGUGGAAGUGUCAUGUAUUUCAACUUGUACUAUCGUCGAGCGCAAGCAUACUAUGUCAACAAUCUUCUUGUACCAACCAUCAUUCUCACCUAUGUCAGUAUGGGGACCUAUCUGUUGGACCUUCGAGUCGGGGAACGGCUCAGCUAUGGCAUGGCUUUGGCACUUGUAGUUGUGGCUCAGCACAUUGCGACAGGAGGCGUGGUCCCCAUCAGCAAUGAAAGAUUGUGGAUUGACAAAUUCAUUGGUUGGAGUUUCUAUUGGGUCAUUCUGGGAUUGGUGGAAUCAGUUGCCAUUGGCUAUCUCUACUUUUUCCGAAAGGACAAGGCGGACAAAGAAGUCUCAUCCCCGGAACAACAACAGCAACAACAGAAUCCCCUGUAUGAUGGAAUGAAAGUACCGGAGACCGAAGAAGAGGAUCGCAACGGUGAGCCAAAAUCAGAGUUUUUUCCCACCAGAUCUCUCCAACCACAACAAUCCACAAGAGGUGAAGACCGUUCCAUUGUUUUGAAUGAACGCACCUCCACAAUAGUAGAUUGCGACAACCUGGCCAGUUACUUGGAGGAAGGCAUCUCAACUAGUUCAGGAGCAGGGUAUGCACAAAGUCCUUUGACAAAUGACAACAAUAAUGGCACAGCACAAUUUACUACCUUCAAGCAACAACUUCAAGAUGAUCCCUCCGAAAGCUGGGUGUACACAGUUUCACUUCGCCGAAUUGAUCAGUUCUUCUUCUUGUUUACAAUGGUGACCUAUUCCAUCUUUAUUAUUGUCAUGUUUGCUUCAAGGCCAUAUUGGGGAAGGAAUUUGAAGAACGUGUGGCUGCAUCAGGGUGACGCUAGCUGGGAUAGCAAUAGAUGA